AUGCAGUCGCGACCGGACUCUGCCGGGGCAAGUGCGCGAUCACCCUCAGCGGAUAAGUCGUCAACCUCCAAAUAUUCCUUGCCGGAGAUCGGGUCGCAGUACAAGGAUGAAGCGCGUGACAGUGAUGAACUAAGCUUCGACUUGGACUUAGGCGACGUGCCUCUUCUGCCCUCGGAAGUCCACGACAUGGAGGCUCAAUCGGAGAAUCUCGAGCGCGAUCCGGUGUUUUCUUGUACGCCCACGGGAUUCUGUGCCUGGCUUCGCGGCCCGACGCCGGCGCAUGUCUACUACAUCAACCCAUGGUUCCCUCGUUUACAGGCUGCGCCGGCGCGUCUGAUUGAUCGGAAAUUUCCGCACAGGAAUUCAAAGAUCGCGCUUCUUUUUGGAGGUUUAAUCUUUUGGAUUGUCGUGUUCUUCGCGUCCUUGAAAGCUUCUGUCGCGGGCCAAGAAGUUCCGGGGUAUGGGCAGCCCGUCAAGCUGUCUUGUCACCACCGUUUAUGGAGCAAUUCCACAAAUUGUGGACUAAAUGGUGACCUUUGUCGACCAUUCGAGGACCAAUCCUUCGCGUUCCGCUGUCCCUCUGGCUGUGCGGCGGCGAUUCUCCUGGAGCCGUAUGUCGUUGGCGACCAGGAGCUCAAUUACCGACCGUUAGUCGUGGGAGGUAAGCCAUUCAAGGUGGAUGGUCAUGACAGCGGCACUUACCGCGGCGAUUCGUCAAUUUGCGCGUCGGCAUUGCAUGCAGGUCUAAUUGAUGACGCAAGGGGCGGAUGUGGCAUCCUGCACCGCACAGGCGAGCAGAAAAACUUCCGUUCUAUCAUGCAGCACGGAAUCGAAAGUAUCGAGUUUCUCUCGAGCUUCCCGAUGUCAUUCCGACUCGGUAAUGAAGCGUCAACCCCAGACUCGAGCGAGACAAAAUCAAUCAAGUGUUCUGAUGCGCGCUGGUCGCUAUUCGCCUUCACAUUGAUCUGGACCACCAUCUUGUCAUUAGUCGUGACAUCGGCACCGGCAUUUUAUUCCAUGAUAUAUUUCAUUGUCUGGUUCCAAGUCGCCAUGGCGUCCGACCCACCCUCUAUGGGGAGCUAUUACGACCUUGUGUCAAUUGCGCUCGGUCGAUUCCUGCCUGGUGCAUUUGUGGGAUUCGUGCUGUAUUACUUCUGCGUUCGGCACACGCUUAAAAAUUUGGAUGCGCACUGGGAUAAGACUGUUUUGUGGCUGGGCGGCUGCUGGGUUGGCGCCCUGAACACAGACACAUUCGAUCGCAUUCCAAUUUCUCGCCUCACACCCCAUGAUAUCCAGCAGCAACCGGGUGCUCUCACAGCUCUCAUCAUUGUAGUCGGGUCUUUGGUCGCAAUCGCCUUUGGUCAAGCACACUGUUUCCGUCGCGAGGGCCGCUUCUUCCCUACGAUAAGCAUAUACGGCGUCCUUGUUGCAGUUGUUCUCAUCCUUGUCGCCGUUCCGCAUAUGAACCUACGCAUCCACCACUAUAUUAUCUCUCUUCUCUUCCUACCUGGAACAACUAUGCAAACGCGACCCAGUCUCCUAUACUCAGGUAUCCUUAUUGGUCUUUUUAUAAACGGCAUCGCCCGCUGGGGCUUCGAUUCGAUCCUCCAAACUCCAGGCGCUCUCCUUGAUGGUGCCAAACUUGGGACCGUUCCACCAAAGAUAUAUCCUCCUUCCAUGACGGAUGUGAACAAUCUCGUCUUCUCAUUCCCGGACCUCGAGCCGCAUGCCGACGGUCUCAGUGUCUUGGUCAACGACGUCGAGCGCUUCCAGGUCUUCAGACCUAAGGAUGGCCAACCUUUGCCAGAUUUCACUUGGUCUCGUACUUAUCCCCACGAGUUGGAGUAUUUCCGUUUUGGACUGGUUCAUACUAAUGCUUUGGGCGGCCUUUGGUAUGAAGACUUUUCUCCACCUGCCGUUUGGGGCGCUGAUGGUGAUUUUGUUUUCCCUGAUCCUGAGAUCUCUGAGGAUCCUGAAUCCGAAUCCGAAUAG